UCCAAAGCAUCGACCUACAUGGCUGCUGAGAAGAGCAGGAUCCUGGUGGUCGGCGGCACGGGGUGCCUGGGCCGGCACGUCGUCGCUGCGAGCGCGCGGCUGGGCCACCCCACCCUCGCGCUCGUCAGGGACACGGCGCCGUCCGACCCGGCCAAGGCGGCGCUGCUCAAGAGCUUCCAGGACGCCGGCGGCACGCUCCUCAAGGGCGACCUGGACGACCACGGCAGCCUGGUGAGCGCGGUCAGGCUCGCCGACGUGGUCAUCUCCACCAUCGGGGUGCGGCAGAUCCCCGACCAGACCAAGCUCGUCGCCGCCAUCGAGGAGGCCGGCAACGCCUACAUCGACCGGUUCCUCCCGUCGGAGUUCGGCCUGGACGCCGACCGCUCGGAGGCCGUGGAGCCGACCAGGUCCAUGCUCACGGCGACCAAGGCGGCCAUCCGCCGCGCCGUCGAGACCGCGGGCGUCCCCUACACGUACGUGCUGGCGGGCUACUUCUUCUGCUACGGGCUGCCCGGCGUCGGGCAGGUGCUCGCCCAGGCGCCCCCCGUCGACAAGGCCGUCGUCCUCGGCGACGGCGACGCCAGGGUGGUGUUCGUGGACGAGGCGGACAUCGCGGCCUACACGGUGCUGGCCGCCGGCGACCCGCGCGCCGAGAACAAGACGCUGCACAUCAGGCCGCCGGCCAACACGUUGUCGCACAACGAGCUGCUGGCGCUGUGGGAGGGGAAGACCGGCAGGACGCUCGAGCGGGUGCACGUCCCCGAGGGCGCCGUCCUCAAGCAGAUCCAAGAGGCUUCGAUUCCGAUGAACCUCAUGCUGUCGAUCGGGCACGCGACGCACAUCAAGGGGGAGCAGAGCAAGCUGGGGGUCGACCCAGCGUCAGGGGUGGACGCCGGCGAGCUCUUCCCGGACGUGAAAUACACCACCGUCGAUGACUACCUCGACAGGCUGCUCUGAAUGUAUCCAUAGUGUCUUUGUUCUGGAGAUGGUCAGAUGAUCAUGCGUUCAAUCAAAGGUGCUGUCGGUGUGUGUGAUCGAGGAGGGUGAUGGCAUAGUCAACCAUGACAUGUCACUGUCGUUCCUGCCGUCUGAACUGUGGUUCCAAUUGAUAAGCACCGUCUUGCAGGCCGCUGGACUGCUAUUUGUUAAUGAAAGAGUGUCAAGUUGACGUGCGUUUAGUAA